CCCUUUUUGGACAUACUGGUUGGGGCAAGGCUUACACCUCGGGCUUUCAUACUCAGAGGAGCAAGAACACCGCCAAGGGAGAGGAAUGGAGCGCCUGGCCUCCUUCAGUAAUGACCCUUUUGAUAAGCCUCCAUGCCGAGGUUGCUCUUCGUACCUCACAGAGCCCUACGUUAAGUGUGCUGAGUGUGGGCCUCCUCCCUUCCUCCUGUGUUUGCAGUGUUUCACCCGAGGAUUUGAAUACAAGAAACAUCAAAGUGAUCAUACUUAUGAGAUAAUGACUUCCGAUUUCCCUGUCUUGGAUCCUAACUGGACAGCUCAAGAGGAAAUGGCACUCCUAGAAGCUGUGAUGGACUGUGGAUUUGGAAACUGGCAGGACGUAGCCAACCAGAUGUGUACAAAAUCCAAGGAUGAGUGUGAGAAACAUUAUAUGAAACACUUUAUCAACAAUCCCUUGUUUGCAUCUACAUUACUGAACCUGAAGCAGGCGGAGGAGGCGCAGCACAACGAAACAGCUAUUCCUUUCCACCCUGCUGAUGAUCCCCCACGGCCUACUUUUGAUUCCUUGCUCUCCAGGGAUAUGGCGGGGUACAUGCCAGCCAGAGCUGACUUUGUUGAGGAGUUUGACAACUACGCUGAAUGGGAUUUGAGAGAUAUUGACUUUGUAGAAGAUGAUUCAGACAUUUUGCAUGCUCUGAAGAUUGCAGUUGUAGAUAUCUAUCAUUCCAGGUUAAAGGAAAGACAGAGAAGAAAAAAAAUUAUAAGAGAUCAUGGCCUAAUCAACCUCAGAAAAUUUCAGAUUUUGGAAAGGCGAUAUCCAAAGGAGGUUCAAGACCUUUAUGAAACAAUGCGACGAUUUGCACGAAUUCUUGGACCGGUAGAGCAUGAUAAGUUCAUUGAAAGCCAUGCAUUGGAAUUUGAGCUACGAAGGGAAAUAAAGCGACUACAGGAAUACAGAGCAGCAGGAAUCACCAAUUUCUGUAGUGCCAGAACAUACGAUCACCUUAAGAAGACAAGAGAUGAGGAGCGCCUAAAGCGCACUAUGCUUUCUGAAGUCCUGCAGUACAUCCAGGACAGCAGUGCCUGCCAGCAGUGGCUCAGUCGACAAGCCGAUAUUGAUUCCGGCCUGACUCCCACGGUACCAGUUCCUUCAAAUUCAGGUAGACGGAGUGCCCCACCACUGAACCUCACGGGUCUCCCAGGGACAGAGAAACUUAAUGAGAAGGAGAAGGAGCUCUGUCAGAUGGUGAGGUUGGUCCCUGGAGCCUAUUUAGAAUAUAAAGCUGCUUUAGUGAACGAGUGUAACAAACAAGGAGGCCUGAGACUAGCGCAGGCUAGAGCACUCAUCAAGAUCGAUGUGAACAAAACCAGGAAAAUCUAUGACUUCCUUAUCAGAGAAGGGUACAUCACGAAAGCCUGAG